AUGUCAGGAGAGUGUGUCAUCUACCAGAGAUUAGUUUCAACCACUGAGGACUUCACCAUAUCCCCUUCUGCUGUUGGUUUUGGUGUAUGCCCCUUUGGAUUUAGUAUCAUGGGCAGCUGGUGCAUCAAGGUUGUCACCGACAAGCUGAACAUGCACUCAGCAAGAGAACACUGUAGAGACCACAAUGCUGAUCUGAUCACCCUCGAGACCCAGGCAAAAAUUGGUAAAUUUCGGGACUUCAUGGUGGCAAAUGAUUACGGAUACGGCUACGAAUUCUUCUUGUGCGGAGUUUCUGAAGUUAAUGGCGAAUGGCAGUGGAUCACUGGCAAGACAUUCUCCUCUAACUCAGAUGUAUGGUGCCCCAAUGAACCAAAUGUUGUAUCUGAGAGGUGCGCCGCUAUAGAGUUCGACUGCAUUCGUGACGUUCAGUGUGACACAGUCGAAAAGUUUGUGUGCGAGAUUCAUUUCUGACAUCACAAGUUGUCAAGAACAAAUUUGUUACAAUCACUUUCGUUACAAGAAGUCACAUUUCCACUGUUAAAAUAGACUCCGUCCGGCCGUGCGUUCCUGAACAUUUGCCUUUUCCGGAGCAGAAAUGAAAACCGUUUUCCUCGCCAAACUUGGCACAUAGAUAGAUUUGGUGGUGUACUAGUGUCUUAUGGUAGUUUGGGAUUUCUGAAUAAAACAAUUUAUGCGUGUCCAUGGCAACAAGUGUGAC